AUGGACGACCAUAGAGUUCGUACGACAGACCCUUUCCUACUGAACUACGACGCCAAUGAUCUCAGAGUCGCAUCGGAGUUUCUCUCCAAUUGGUUACCUUUUCUCUCCCGAGGCCUCUGCCGCCACUGCACUCAUACCCUCUCCGAUCGCAUUCGAUCCCUCGACUCAGAAACUGAGGGUGAUGCAGAGCCCGUAAAACAAGAAGAGAAUGUUACUGCUUCACCUCCAAAUACUAUAGAAUAUGAUGAAUAUGAUUGCAAUCAAGAUAAUUGUGACACGAAUUCAUUCGGGAGUUGGAAAGGUAAUGCGGACAUGAAUGAUACAGCGGAUACAAAUUCUUUGGGUAGUUGGAAAGAUGAUGCAAACGAAUGGUCUGAGCCGGUUUCUGAGGCCUCGACAAGCGAAAGGGUUGGCUCUCCGGUACCUCAGAGUCCAAGGGUGAGAAGGUCAUGGGCUGAUAUGGCUCAAGAAGAUGAGCUAGAAGAAGAGGAAGAGAAGGAAGUGAACAGGCCAUUAGUUAAUGGCAAUAUUCUGCAUGCAAAGGCAUCGACAGUAGAGAAGGCUGGGCCAAAACCGGAGUUGCCAAGGGAGCAAAGAGAGUAUAUACGGUUUAAUAAAGUCAAGAGGAACAAAGAUUUCAUUUGUUUUGAGAGAAUAAAUGGGAAAUUUGUGAACAUACUCCAGGGGCUUGAGCUACACUGUGGUGUUUUCAGCGCAGUGGAGCAGAAGAGAAUAGUUGAAUCUGUGUAUGAGUUCCAGGAGAUGGGAAAGAAAGGAGAAUUGAAAGAGCGCACUUUUAGUGCACCCCAGAAGUGGAUGAAGGGUAAGGGACGUGUUACAAUCCAAUUUGGUUGCUGUUACAAUUAUGCAACUGAUAAAAGUGGUAAUCCCCCAGGUAUCCUCCAGGAUGAAAUGGUUGAUCCUAUACCUUCACUGUUCAAGGUUAUCAUCAAGAGAUUGGUUAGAUGGCAUGUGCUUCCUCCUACCUGUGUACCCGACAGUUGUAUUGUGAACAUUUAUGAAGAAGGGGACUGCAUACCACCUCAUAUUGACAAUCAUGAUUUUGUUAGGCCUUUUUGCACUUUGUCAUUUCUUAGUGAGUGCAAUAUAGUUUUUGGAUCAAAUUUGAAGAUAGUGGAUGCUGGUGAGUUUGCUGGUUCUAUAGCAGUUCCCUUGCCAGUAGGAUCUGUUCUUGUCUUAAAUGGAAAUGGGGCUGAUUUGGCUAAGCAUUGUGUGCCUGCCGUUCCUACUAAAAGGAUAUCUAUCACAUUUAGGAGGAUGGAUGAUGCCAAACGUCCAAUUGGAUAUGUUCCUGAACCUGAUUUGCAAGGACUUCAACCACUGUGUUACGAAACAAACGGAUCCAAGCAGUCGAACGCCUCAAAAUCAAAGCGUCCUGUAAACCGGCAGGGAGUUAGAAGAGAGGAUAACGCACACAACGCAAGGGGAUUGUUAGGGAGAGGUUCACAACCACGUUACAUGGGUCAAAUUCAACAAGGGCCUGCAAAUAGGCAAAAGGUAAGGGUGAGAUUGGACGAUGAAGGAUACAUCUGA